AUGAACAAUGUAGAACCGAUGUUGUGUCUUAUCGGGUGGUUUUUGCUAUAUGGUUCACUAUUGAGUGAUAUUGUGCAGUCCUAACGGUAUAGGACAUCACUUGAAGAAGCAACUCCUAUUCAAAACUAUCGCCACCAACUGCAUCAACAACAAGCAACAACAGCACGACGAAGACGGAAAGGAAGAGGACGACGACGAGGAGAUUUCAUAAUGGAACGAACGACGACGGAAGGAAGAAACCGGUGGCGAUGGUCUGGAGUUGAAUUGGAUCGAGAUCACACUCACAAGAUCUCGAACCACAAUGGAUCGAGAUGGAACGAUGGACUCGAAUGGAACAAUCGGGAUCAGCGGACAGGAUGGAUCGAGAUGGCGGAUGGACGACGACGACGACGACGACGUCGAGGACGACGUCGACGACGAAGGAUGGAUCGGGAUGGAUCGGGAUGGAUCGGGAUUGAUCGGGAUGGCUCGGGAUGGAUCGAGGUGGAUCGGGAUGGAUCGGGAUGGAUCGAGGUGGAUCGGGAUGGAUCGGGAGGGAUUGGGAUGAAUCGGGAGAAGGCGACGACGACGACGACAACGACGACGACGACAACGAAGGAUCGGGAUGAAUGGAGGCAAUCCGAAAGUUCGGAAAACGAUCGCCGACGAGAGCGACGAUGAACGAUCGGGAUGGAUGGAUCGGGAGGAUCGGAAUGUAUGAAAGGAUCGGGACGAAACAACGAUGGGAAUGGGAAAUCCGAAAGAUCGGAAAACGAUCGCCGACGAGAGCGACGAUGAACGAUCGGGAUGGAUGGAUCGGGAGGAUCGGAAUGUAUGAAAGGAUCGGGACGAAACAACGAUGGGAAUGGGAAAUUGGCAUUACGGCAGAUUCUAUAAAUUGGCAUUACGGCAGAUUCUAUAAAUUUGCAUUACGGCAGAUUCUAAAAAUUGGCAUUACGGCAGAUUCUAUAAAAUUGGCAUUACGGCAGAUUCUAUAAAUUGGCAUUACGGCAGAUUCUAAAAAUUGGCAUUACGGCAGAUUCUAAAAAUUGGCAUUACGGCAGAUUCUAUAAAUUGGCAUUACGGCAGAUUCUAUAAAUUUGCAUUACGGCAGAUUCUAAAAAUUGGCAUUACGGCAGAUUCUAAAAAUUGGCAUUACGGCAGAUUCUAUAAAUUUGCAUUACGGCAGAUUCUAAAAAUUGGCAUUACGGCAGAUUCUAUAAAUUUGCAUUACGGCAGAUUCUA